AUGUUUGCAACUAGGCGGUUAGGCAAGGAGUUGACAAAGAUGCAAGGGCAGCUCCCGCCCGGGAUAACACUCAUAAAAGCAGACAAUCUCGAGAGCUGGCUCGUGGAUCUUCAAGUGCUUGACGCGAACCCCAUUUAUGCGGGCGAGACAUACAGACUCAAGUUCACCUUUAGCCAGAAUUAUCCCAUCGAGGCCCCCGAAGUAGUGUUCGUAAAAGACGAGUCGCACCCGAUACCCUGGCACCCACACAUCUACACCAACGGCAUCAUCUGCCUCGACCUGCUUGACAAGCAAGGUUGGAGCCCUGUGCACAAUGUGGAAAGCGUGUGUGUCAGUCUGCAAAGCAUGCUCACAAGCAACACGAAGAAGGAAAGGCCACCGGGAGAUGACAACUUCGUCAGGUACAACACGCAGAGACCGAGGGACUUGAGCUUUGUCUUCCACGAUAAUCAGGUCUAA